AAGUUCGGAAUCCUCUCUGUACAAAAGAAUUUAUUAGUUAUUACUCGUCGGGACUGUGUUGUUGUUAUCAUAUUAUUCAUGAAAUUUAAGACCGUGGAGAAACGAACGAGAUUGAAUGCGAGUUAUUCGAACAUAAAUAGAUAUAUGAUAAUUUCGAGCGGCUUGGCGCCAUUGUUGACAUUGUUGCAGUCAGCUGAUGCUCGCGUGCUCGCGAAUCCCGCUGGAACCGUUUCAACACGAGAUAUAUAAUUUCGCGAACUUUACGUAAUGCGUGCGUAAACGGGACUUCGAUAGUUUGAUUCUAAUGUCACGCACGAGCUGUAUCAUAAUCCGUUACGUUAUUUAUACGAAGCGCCUUGAGAGCAGCUCGACGUCCAACAGUGCUUUUCGAUAACAUUUCAUUGUUAUGCGUCGUACUAUGAAGAUAUUUCUUAUUGCGGCACUGAUAACCUAUGUAUCGGCACUGGACGAGGAAUUGUUGCAUUACGUUAGUGACGAUGUACCCGGCGGUUCUUAUAAGUAUUACAGCUUAACGUACGACGGUAACAUUAAGAUACGGUUGACAUCGAUUACGGGGGAUGCAGAUUUAUAUGCGUCGCAGAUCACAAGCAAGCCGACGUACGAGCCGGAUCAUUAUUGUCUGCAGUCAGCAACCUGUGGAGAAGAUAUUAUUUUUAUCCCUAAGAGCUUCAAACGGCCUGUAAGCAUUGGCGUUUACGGCCAUCCGUCACAUGAAAUCAGUAAAUAUACUUUAUUGGUGUCCGAAGUAAUAGUUGACGACAACGACACCUCGUCUUACGGCGAGACAUCGAGAAGUACUUACAGAACUCGCGAUAGGCUUAGAGAUAUUUUACUGUUUGCCAAUCUGGAUCUCUUGUUUGAAUUAUUGUUUUGAAAGCUGGAGCGAAUAAAAAAUCUAGACAUCGAAUUG